AUGUUGACUUACGAGCCUCUCACGGCUACCACGUCUCUAUCGACUAUGUCAUCGACUUCAACAGAACCUCCCCGGCACCAUCGUAUCUUUGCUGAUUACGGCAGGGAUUUUAUUUGGCGAGACCCCGAUGACCUUAUGCCUGAGGAGGGGGACUGUAUGUUAGAGGCAGAAGAAGUACUCUCGGCAUUCCCUCUGUCGGUCUUGGAGUUAAAUGAUGUGUGGGUGGAUACAUACACCAAUAAUUUCCGGGAAAGACGCGAUAAGAGCCAAAACUACCAUACGACUAUUUUUCCAACCGCCUCCGAGGAGGUAGCUUGGAACGUGGCUGGGUCUUGGUUGACUUGGCGCAUUACAAUGGCACCUCAGGUUGGGAGGAUCGAAUUCAGCGCUGGUUGUUCAAAGUACCUUCUUGAGAAAGGAAAGGAGACGAGUGUCACUUUGACAUUUCUGCAGGACCAGCUUGAUAUUCUAGCCAAAGGAAAGCCUGUAGUAUAG